AUGGUAGCCACCACGGGCUCAGGAGUAAAAGUCCCUUGCAAUUUUCGACUGUUGGAAGAACUGGAAGACGGCCAGAAAGGAGUAGGAGAUGGCACAGUUAGCUGGGGUCUAGAAGAUGACGAAGACAUGACACUUACAAGAUGGACAGGGAUGAUAAUUGGGCUUCCAAGAACAAUUUAUGAAAACCGAAUAUACAGCCUUAAAAUAGAAUGUGGACCUAAAUACCCAGAAGCACCCCCCUUUGUAAGAUUUGUAACAAAAAUUAAUAUGAAUGGAGUUAAUAGUUCUAAUGGAGUGGUGGCCCCAAGAGCCAUAUCAGUGCUAGCAAAAUGGCAGAAUUCAUAUAGCAUCAAAGUUGUCCUGCAAGAGCUCCGGCGCCUAAUGAUGUCUAAAGAAAACAUGAAACUCCCUCAGCCACCUGAAGGACAGUGUUACAGCAAUUAAUCAAAGAGAGAAACCACAGGCCCUCCCUCCUCCCCCCCAUUCGAUUUAAGCAGUCAUUUUCCACAGUAGUACAUUUUCUAGAUACGUCUUGUAGACCUCAAAGUACUGGAAAGGAAGCUCCCAUUCAAAGGCAAUUUAUCUUAAGAUACUGUAAACGAUACUAAUUUUUUGUCCAUUUGAAAUAUAUAAGUUGUGCUAU